AUGAAUUUGCAAGCACACCCUUCAGACCAGAUCUCAGAACAGGCACUUAACCAAGCUGGUACUUUGUUGAAUGGGAUACCCCAGCAAAAUAUUACUCUGCCUAGUCAGAUGCAAAAUCCUAGUAUGCAUCGUCGUGUGCAGAACAUGGACCCUGAAUAUAUUGAAGCACGGAGGUUUAUGACAGAAAAGAUAAUUGAAUAUCUCAUGCAGCGGAGGCAACAAUCUCAUGAGUUAACCAGUAAAAAUAUUUUGGACCUAGCAAGGCGCUUAGAAGAGGGUAUAUUCAGGAUUGCCAUGUCCAAGGAGGAGUAUCUAAACCUUGCAACCUUGGAAAGACGUUUGCAAUUUGUUAUUAAAGGACCAUCAACUACUAAUCACAACCAGCAAUUUUCACAAGUUAAUACACCGUCUUCCAUGGGUACAAUGAUUCCAACUCCUGGAUUACCCCAAACUGGUAAUUCAAGCCUGAUAAGAAUCUCAUCUGUGGAUAGCUCUGUUGUUGGUAACAGUAGUUCUAAAACAAUUGCAUAUUCCACUGUCAAUUCUGGAAACUUGUUGCCAACUGGAAAUGGACCUUUUGGGAGUGUGUCCGGUGGUUCUUUUAGUUCUUCUAAUGGUGCUUUAGCUAAUGGAUACCAACCAUCAUCAUUGGGGGGUUCAGUUAACUCUGUUGGCAAUAACACUACGACAUCUUUGAGUGUUCAGAGAAUGACAAGCCAAAUGAUUCCCACUCCUGGAUUUUCUAGUUCAGAUAACAAUGAUAUAAAUAGUAAUGCUAAUAAUCAGUCUCUGAUAAAAAUGGAGUCCUCUAAUAAUAUGGUUGCAUUUCCAGCUUUUGAAUCCACUAAUUUAUCACAGCCAAUGUUGCAAAUGCAGCGAGUUGGUGGUCAAAAUAGUCGUAUUCUGCAUAAUAUCGGUGGCCACAUGGGUGGACUUAGGUCUACAUUGCAGCAAAAAUCAUAUGUUCCAACAAACGGGCCCUUAGAUGGGGAGUUGGGGAUGAUGGGAAACAAUAUGUCUGUGAUGAAUGGUCCAGCCGCUUCUGAGGGAUAUUUAACAGGAACAAUAUAUGGCAACUCCCCCAAACCCUUGCAACAACAUUUCGAUCAACAUCAACAGUCAGCAAUGCAGGGUGAUAGAUAUGGAAUUGGAAAAGCUGAGGCUUCAGGGUCUGGUAAUAUACUUUCUCCUGUAACCUCUGUUGGGUCAGUGAUGAACAGUCAGAGCUCGACUGCUGUAUCCUUGCAGUCCAUCCCCAAAACAAACUCUCAUUUGAUUAUCAAUCGUUCGAAUAUGCAAUCUACUCUACACGCAAGUAUGAAGACGCAAUCAUUUGAUCAAUCUGACAAGAUGAACUUCCAAUCGCAGCAUUCAGCUAGAGAAAUUCUUGUACAAUCUCAUCAACAACAAUAUCAACAACCAUCUCACCAUUUUCAGCAGCAGAAAUUUGGUCAACAUCAUCUCCAGCAAAAGCAGAAAAUUCAGCAUCACCAGCUUUUAACGAAUGACACAUUAGGACAGUCUCAGCCAUCGUGUAGUGUAGGCGUUGAAGGAAAGAUCGGUCUGCACUUGCAAGUCUCUAAGACAUUCCAGUUUUCUGAUUUGGAGAAUCAGUUCCCACAGAAUGCUAUGGAAGGCCAUUCUGGAGGUACUUCACAUCUGUCUUACCAACAAGAUAUGUGUUCAUCUCGUACUCAAACUUCAGAUCAGAUGCAACAGCUGUUGCAUCUGCAGCAAUCUGCUGCUAACACUCAAAACGGUUUUAACAUCCUUUCUGGUGGCAUCCAUAUGGAUGCAGCACCACGAGAUCAAUGUUAUCCCAAGUCUCAAGAUGUGUCUCACGUAUCAAGGAGAGCCCAAGACAAUCAAAAUGUGCAUGGUGAAUUUCACCACAGAAUAACUGGGAACGAUAUUGCUCAGAGGAAUAAUUUAUCUUCAGAAGAAUCUAUGAUUGGACAAUCUGAUGCUACUAAAUCUCCAAAUCCUCCCAAUUCUACUGGCACUGUACGUAGAUCUAGUAACCUUAAUCGUGAACAGCAAUUCAAGAACCAACGAAGAUGGUUGUUGUAUUUGCGACAUGCUCGUACUUGCCGUGCUCCAGAAGGCAAUUGUCAAGAUCCUAAUUGCAUUACGGCUCAAAAAUUGUUGAGUCAUAUAGAAAGAUGCAAUAUACUUGAAUGUUUGUAUCCUCGUUGCUGCUGUACGAAGGUUUUAAUUAAUCACCAUAGGAUCUGUAGGGAAGCAAGUUGUCCUGUUUGCAUUCCUGUUAAGAAUUUUCUGCAGUUACAUCUAAAGGCAUUUGCAGAUUCUGAUUUUACUUCGAAUGGAAACCGUAAAUCCUAUAAUUCAGCUGAAAAUGAUGGUGGGUUGGCACUCAAGACUAGUCCAGUUAUAACUGAAACUCCAGAAGACUUACAGCCUUCUGUUAAACGGUUGAAGAUUGAAAAUACCUCCUUACCCAUUCCGUCUGAAAGUGAAAGCUCGGUUAUACCAAUUCCUGCUGUAAAUGAACCUGAUCGCCUCUCCGAUGCACAACAUGAUGUUUCUCACAUGCCAAUGGAAUCCGAUGACACAGGAGUAAAGACGGAAAUUCCUGAGGGUAUCAAGAUUGAGAAGGAACUGGACCAUGCUAAACAGGAAAGUACAUCAGUACCUUCUGAAAAUUCAUCCAAGUCUGGGAAGCCAAAAGUAAAGGGAGUAUCGCUGAUAGAAUUGUUCACCCCUGAACAAGUGCAGGAGCACAUUACAGGCCUUAGACAAUGGGUUGGCCAGAGCAAAGCAAAAGCAGAAAAAAAUCAAGCAAUGAAGAAUUCAAUGAGUGAAAAUUCAUGUCAGUUGUGUGCAGUUGAGAAGCUUACCUUUGAACCACCACCUAUAUAUUGCACACCUUGUGGUGCUCGCAUUAAAAGAAAUGCAAUGUAUUAUACCAAUGGAGCCGGUGAUACUCGUCAUUGCUUCUGCAUUCCAUGUUAUAAUGAGGCUCGUGGGGACACCAUUGCUGUAGAUGGACCUUCCAUUCAAAAGGCGAAGAUGGAGAAGAAGAAAAAUGACGAGGAAACUGAGGAAUGGUGGGUUCAAUGUGAUAACUGUGAAGCGUGGCAACAUCAAAUAUGUGCAUUAUUUAAUGGCCGAAGGAAUGAUGGUGGACAAGCUGAUUACACCUGUCCAAAUUGUUAUGUAGCAGAAGUUAAAAGAGGAGAACGCAUGCCAUUACCGCAAAAUUCUGUUCUUGGAGCAAAAGAUUUGCCAAGAACAAUUUUGAGUGAUCACAUUGAGCAACGAUUGUUUAGACGGCUGAAGCAAGAGAGACAGGACAGAGCUAGACUUCUUGGGAAAAGUUUUGAUGAGGUUCCAGGAGCAGAAGCACUUGUUGUAAGAGUUGUGUCAUCAGUGGACAAAAAGUUGGAAGUCAAACCACGGUUUCUUGAAAUAUUUCAAGAGGAGAAUUAUCCAACAGAGUUCCCAUAUAAAUCUAAGGUUGUACUAUUAUUUCAAAAAACUGAAGGUGUUGAAGUAUGCUUAUUUGGCAUGUAUGUUCAAGAAUUUGGAUCAGAAUGUCAGCAGCCAAAUCAUCGCCGAGUAUAUCUCUCAUAUCUAGAUUCUGUUAAGUAUUUCCGGCCAGAGGUCAAGACGGUGACAGGAGAGGCUCUUCGGACAUUUGUGUACCAUGAAAUUUUGAUUGGAUAUUUAGAGUAUUGCAAAUUGCGUGGUUUCACAAGCUGCUACAUAUGGGCCUGCCCUCCAUUGAAGGGUGAAGACUACAUUUUAUAUUGCCACCCAGAAAUUCAAAAAACACCAAAAUCUGAUAAGCUUAGGGAGUGGUACUUGUCAAUGUUAAGAAAAGCUUCAAAGGAAAAUAUUGUAGUUGAUCUUGCUAAUCUAUACGACCAUUUCUUUGUCUCUACUGGUGAAUGUAAAGCAAAGGUGACUGCAGCUCGGUUGCCGUACUUUGAUGGAGAUUAUUGGCCUGGUGCUGCAGAGGACAUGAUAUAUCAACUACAGCAAGAAGAGGAUGGGAGAAAACAGUAUAAGAAGGGAACUAUAAAAAAGACCAUUACGAAGAGAGCCUUAAAGGCAUCAGGCCAAAUUGAUCUUUCGGGCAAUGCGUCAAAGGACCUGCUUUUAAUGCAUAAACUUGGUGAGACGAUUUCUCCAAUGAAAGAGGAUUUCAUCAUGGUUCACCUGCAGCAUUCAUGUAACCAUUGCUGCAUUUUAAUGGUGUCUGGAAAUCGUUGGGUUUGCAGACAGUGUAAAAAUUUUCAUCUUUGUGACAAGUGCUAUGAAUCUGAACAAAAACGCGAGGACAGAGAGAGACAUCCUAUCAACCAAAAGGAGAAGCACAUAUUUUAUUCAGUUGAAAUUACUGAUGUCCCUGUUGAUACCAAAGACACAGAUGAGAUAUUAGAGAGUGAAUUCUUUGAUACCAGGCAGGCAUUUCUUAGCCUUUGCCAAGGAAAUCAUUAUCAAUACGAUACCCUGCGCCGUGCUAAGCAUUCCUCAAUGAUGAUCCUCUACCAUCUUCACAAUCCUACUGCUCCAGCUUUUGUAACAACGUGCUAUGUAUGUCACCUAGAUAUUGAAGCUGGUCAAGGUUGGCACUGUGAGACAUGCCCGGAGUAUGAUGUAUGCAAUUCUUGUUAUCAAAAAGAUGGGGGAGUUGAUCACCCUCAUAAAUUGACUAAUAAUCAGUCUAAAGAACGUGAUGAACAAAACACAGAAGCAAGGCAAUUACGAGUUAUGCAGCUUAGGAAAAUGCUUGACCUCCUGGUACAUGCUUCUCAAUGCCAUUCUCCACUUUGCCAAUAUCCAAACUGUCGCAAGGUGAAGGGACUUUUCCGCCAUGGUUUUGUGUGCAAAGUACGUGUUUCUGGAGGUUGUGCUCUCUGUAAGAAAAUGUGGUCUCUCCUUCAGCUUCAUUCUCGAGCAUGCAAAGAAUCUCAGUGCAAUGUACCACGUUGCAGAGAUUUGAGGGAACACACAAGAAGGAUGCAGCAGCAGUCUGAUUCACGACGAAGGGCUGCUGUAAUGGAAAUGAUGAGGCAGCGUGCUGCAGAGGUUGCGGCCGAUUCUUGA